AUGGCAUCGACGGCCCCGGGUCGCGAAGUAGAUGAGUGCUGUGUACUCCACUUCUUUGACUCGAUAGCCGCCUCCUUGACGAGUCUGGACGUAGUCGAGGUAGAUCUGAGGGCUGGUCAGCAGGGCGUGCCAGGCGCUACCGCGCGGCUUUUUGGGAGCUCCAGUGUUGAGGCUGUCACCGUCACCGACACCAUCGUCAAACCCACCACGCAUCACGUUGCACCACAUAGUACCAAGAUGUUGUCACGGCGCAUGCUCACCAAGGCGGACGAGGAGUCCGUCGGCGACGAGGUCGAAGUUAGGAGGGAGGACCAAGACAAGAUCAACAAGUUCAGCCGUCUGCACCAGCGCGAACUCAUAAUCGAGGAGGAACUCAAGAACAAGAGCAAAGAAAAGGAAGAGCUCGAGGAUCUCAGCACAGAAUUGGAGCUUGCGGACGAAGACGAAACAGUACCAUACAAGAUUGGCGACGCUUACUUCCACGUAUCGCAACCUCAAGCAAUAGAGAUGCUCGAGCAGGCAUCGACCAAGAUCGAGGAGGAUGUCGAGGGGUUAGAAUCGAAGCUGGAAACGAUUAAGGAGGAUAUGAACCAACUCAAGGUCGAACUGUACGCCAGAUUCGGAAAGAGGGGCAACAAGGGCAGCACCGGGGAUGCGGCGGGAAAGCACAUCGCCGCGCCGCGGCCGGAUAAGCGGCCCUUGAAAACCAAGUGGGUCUUGCGGUUCGGCUCCGAUGAGAGCAAUCGAUCCUCUCUAUCAGAGACGGUGAGGAGGAUCGAUGAAGAUGAAGCACGCCAGAGGUAUGAGGCUCGUGCCGAAGAGCAGGGUCUGGACGAAAAGGAGAUGGCCAGCCCCAACUCAUCAAGUGACGAAGAUGAGCCGACAAUAAUAUCUUGGGAUGACGGUGAUCCAGAGAACCCGUACAACUGGUCACAUACCAAAAAGUUUCUGAUCCUUUGCUUAACCAUGAUGCAAGUCAUCAACAGCACAAUGGGCUCGGCCCUCCCAUCCAACGCGAUACCCUUCAUAACCGCCGAAUGGGGCAUCACAAACGAGCAACAGCAGGUCUUGCCCAUUUCCGUCUUUCUCAUCGGCUACGUCUUCGGGCCUGUAGUCUGGGCACCUCUCAGCGAGCAUCUCGGCAGGAGAAUGUUGACCAUUGUCACCUUUGUCAUGUUCACCAUCUGGACCAUGGCCUGCGCCCUCGCACCCAGCUGGCCUGCGUUUCUCUUCUUCCGCUUCUUCACGGGCGUAUUCGCCAGCUCACCCAUCGCUAUCGUGGCCGGUAUCCUCGCAGAUAUCUACGGGGACACCGAGACCCGCGGCCGUGCCAUGACAGCCUUCAUGGUCACAACCACCUUCGGCCCUCUCUUCGCCCCGAUCGUGUCCGGUUUCUGCUCCACGACAAUAGGCUGGCGCUGGUCCUUUUGGGUGGCUCUCAUCUACGCCGGCCUGACCCUCAUCCCGAUCCUCCUUCUCCCCGAGACCUACGCGCCCGUCCUGCUCCUCCGACGAGCACGAAAGUUACGCAAACUAGACCCCUCCGCCGCCGUCAUCGCGCCCCGCGAGAUGGAGAGCACGGACUUCAAGCACAUCGCAACCGUCGUCCUGACCCGCCCCGUACGCAUGAUCAUCUUCGAGCCCAUCGUCAGCUGCACGUGCGCCUACCUGGCCUUAGUAUACACAAUCUUCUACAUGUCCUUCCAGGCCUUCCCCAUCAUCUUCCAGAAGCUCUACGGUCUCUCACCGGGUGUGGCUGGCCUCGCCUACCUCCCCAUAGGCGCCGGCGCUCUGCUAGUGGUGCCCAUCUUCAUCGGCUGGGAGCAGGGCCAUCUCCGCGCGCAACGCAACGGUCACGCAUGGGCCAAGCGCGAAGAGUUCCGCCGUCUCCCUUUCGCCUGCGUCGGCGGACCGCUGUUCUUCAUCUCUUUGUUCUGGCUGGGCUGGUCUUCCAGAGAAGGCGUCAGCUUCGUCGCGCCCAUGCUGGCGGGCAUCCCGUUCGGGAUGGGCUUCAUGCUCAUCUUCAUCGCCCUGCUCAACUAUCUCACCGACGCCUACGAGAUCUUUGCUGCCAGCGCUAACGCGGCGGCCUCGACGAGCCGGUCUCUGCUCGCUGUGGUGCUGCCGCUGGCGACGACACGCAUGUUUAAUAAGCUCGGUAUUGCUGGUGCUUGUAGCUUGCUCGGUGGGUUCAGUGCUAUCAUGUGCAUCAUCCCCUUCAUCUUUAUCUGGAAGGGCGAGCAGAUUCGAGCGGGAUCGCGGUUUUGUAUCGCGCUUCAGGAGAGGAAGGCUGAGAUGCAGAGAAAGGUUGAGGAGCAGAAGCAGAGGGAGGAAGCGAGGAGGAUCAGCUUGAGGGACAGCCCUGCUCGGAAAGAGGAGGUUUGA